UCGUGGGAGAGAGUUUGAGGUGCUUCGGCCUCGUCGCCCGAACCUCGACACUGACGAUACAGGCUCGUAUACGGUGAUGUUUUUCAUCGCGGGUGCUGUCCCUGUCGAAAUGAAUAGUCGCUAUAAAUGAUAAGCAUGUCUUCCUCUGAUCGUGCCUCUGGUCAUAGGAGAUGUAUCAUCUGUGCCGGUGACGUGAACACCUAUGACUCCCAGCUUCAAUGUUUGGAUAGCCAAAGCACAUUGGAGUUAGUUUCCCUUGAAACUUCUGCUGGGAAUAUGACUGUUGCGCUGAUAUCUAUGCUGCAAUUUUUCGUUUUGGCCUUUGCUCUUCUUUCUUUCCUUUACACUUCUUCAACUCAAGCGAAAUCAUAUACGUCAAAACUUACCAGUCACGACACACGACUCACGCUUCAAGUUUAUCGGUCUCCUCACAAGAUCUUCUUGCCUUACCUUUUUACACCUCUCUUCUUACAUCCCAUCAAGCAAUCAUGGUUUCUCAAACCCAAGACAUGCAAGCUCUUGCCCAAGCAGCCAGAGAACAAUUCGCCAAGGCACAAGAGAUCGAUGAGAGAUGUCGUCAACGGUUCAUCUAUGAAUACGAUCAAGCACAGGCAGCAGCCAAAGGCGACGUCGACACUUAUGUCGCAACUCGACAAGAUGUCGGUAGAUCAACAGUGUACGACGAUGAGGAUGACCAGACUGCUGUAGCUUCCGAUGACGCCGAUGAUGAGCGUGAUGGAGACGAGUCGACCGAUGGUUACGAUGAAGAAGCCGAAGCAGACAGCGAGGGCGACGCUGAAUACGACGAGAAUGAAGCAGAUGACGACCAACUCCAACACGAAGUCGAAGGCGAAGACGACGAUCUGGAACAAAUCAUCGCGUCCUACGCUGACGGUGACAAUCAGAGUAUUUCAUCUGAGCACAGCUCUCAAAACUCGGAUACCUGGUCUGUAAUCAGCGACUCAACCGCCCACAGCACAACCGUCCGUGUUGUGCCACGCCUUCUCAGCACUCCAGAACUUGACGCACAGCCUCUUCUCGCCGACCCAUGCGAUACAUGUGACGAAGAGUCUGGAGAGGAGUCCGAAAACGAGUCUUACCAAGACAGCGACGACUACAACGAAGAAAGCUAUUGCGAAUGUACCGAAGAAGGUGUCCGUGCCGACCAAGCUGAGGAAGACCUCGCCAUCUGCAUCGAGGAAUGUGCCGAGGAAGCUUCUCGCGCUGAUUUUGCCGAAAAACAACUCGCAAUCUGUAUCGAAGAAGCUCGUGUGGCAGACAACAUCGCCAAACAGACCCAAAAGGAUCUCGCCGACACCAACGAAUCCUUGAGAACUCAACAUAAGCAAUUCGGCGUUGCAGUGGGUGAUGUGGUCAAGGAUUUUAUCACCAAACACAAGGAAUGUAUGCGCCUUAAGGAUGCCGCCGAGAAACAGUAUGUCGAGGCUGUGAAGAAGCAUAAUGAUUCGGAAGCCAGAUACGCUCGACUGGAAGCUCAAUACAAUGAUUGCAUGCUCGCCAGGACCGCUGCUGAAGAAGCUGUCGAAGAAAGGAACCGCGACGUCGAAGUCUGGCAGCAGGCCCACGCUCUAGAGCACGAAAAGGUCAACCUCGCAAACAACAAGCUGAAAUGGGUGAAUGAACAACUCGAGGAAUGUCUGACCGACAGAAUCACCCUCGUGGACGAAAAGGAGACUUCCAUCAGCGAAAAAGAAAUCUUGCUCCAGACAGUCGACAAGCUCGAACACCAAAAGAACGAAGCCGCUGCCAAAUGGUCCGAGGAGAACGAGGCUCUCAAAUACUCGAGUGCGUGUAGCAAUAACCACUAUCAACGUCAAAUAGAAGACCUUAAGGAGUCGCAUGAUCAUCAAAUUGCACUCGUCCAAGACACCAUUGAGGCGCUGACGUCCGAACACGAAGACGAGUUCAACCGUAUCGAGCGCGAAUACACCGUAGAGAACGAGGACCUCAAAGAGUGCUACGAAGUCCAUGUCAACAGGAUUGCUGGCCUGGAGAAGCAAAACAAAGCUUUCCGCACGGAAGCCGAUCAUCUCCGCGGCCAAACACAAGACACCGCUACUCUGCAGGCCGAGCUCAAGGCGAGCAAAAUCGACAUCGACAAACUCAAAGUCCAACUCGUCGGCCACGAGGAGCGCAAGCAGCUUCUCGAACAGGUUACACAACACAGGAUUUCUUGCGUUGAGCGAAUCGAAAGACUCGAAGCCGAACUUCUCAGCCGCGAGACGGAGAGAAAAGGGUACGAAACCAUGGUUCAAAUGGUCAAGAACGCCAGACUCGAUAAGUCAAAAACCGAAGAUUGGUGCACCGAGCUUAAAGCCCAGUUGGAAACUGUCAUACAAGAUCGCACUGACCUCCAGCAGAGGCUCAAGAACGAUCGCGGUGACCUCCAACAGGAAUUCACGGAUCAAAUGAGAACCCUGAACGCUGAAUUCCAAGCGCUGCGUAUUCAACAUGACAACCUCCGCCAAGAUGAAGACGCCAUCAGCAUCAAGCUGGAUAAGAUGACAUCUCACAACAAGCAGCUGCAAAAGAUCUCGAACGCGGCUCAGUUCGAUUGUGACAAUGCUCUGAAAAGCGUGGAGAGACUCGAAGCCGAACAAAGCAUCCUCGUCGGCGGUUUGAAGUGCACCAGGAACGACUUGGCGACCACGAUGACUGCGUUGAGAAAGGCCGAGGAGGAACGCAGCAAUGCUCUGAGAAAGUUGAGCGUCUUCAAGGAAGAACAACUCCGUCUCAAUGAGAACUUCCAAGUGACUAACGACGCAUUGUCAACCGCCAUUGAGAGUGAGAAGAAGGCCAAUGAUCAACGCGACAGCGCUCUCAACAACCUGAAUCAACAGACGAAUGACAACACCUACUUGAUGGUGCAGUCCAGAGAGCUCAAACACGAGUUGCAAACCGCAAUGAACGCAUCCAAAGAAUAUCGCGACCAGUACGAAAAGCUACAAGUCGCUCGUACCGAAGAUCAGAAGAAGCUGCAAACCCUCACAGAAGAGCGCGAGAAGCUUCUCGAGAGGAACGACGAGAUUCGCAAGGAGUUCAAGGAAGCCAUGGACGCAGGCGAGGCCCUCGAGGACGAGAUUGAAGCGUACAAGGAAAUGGAAGCGCAAGAAAGCGAUGACCAGAAGAAGAUGGCCGUUUUCAACCACAUCUUCCCGACAAUCAGAGAUAUCUCUGGCGCCCAAUUCCAGCAGGACUUGAUGGAAUUGCAGAAUUCGGGGGCUAUCGACAUCGAAACACUCAAGACGUACUUGUGCAGCUUGAUAUCGCAAGCCGAAGAGGAGCUUUAGAAGCAAAGUAAGCCGCCUAACUACUAGAUCAGAGUCGAGUCAAUCGAGUCGUGUCUCAUAUCUACUGUGUGAUCGGUACGAUCGUGAAGCAGUGACGAGCAAUGUUGGCUUUUGGCUGGUGGAAUAUUCGACGAGUGGCUAGGUGGCUUGUAAGACGCGCCACUCGAUGUGGCUCAUUGCUUGAAGGCAUGAUUGUAGUUGUAGCGCCGCGUGUGUAGUUGAGGAGAAAGCUGAGGU